AUGGCAGAGCCGGACGACCUGCUGAGGUUGGCGAGGCCGCCGACCUUCAGCGGCAAGGAAGAUGAAUGGACAGAGUGGAGCUCCGUUAUGCGGAGCUACGCGGCGGUGCAGGCUCCCGAGAUGACCCACCUGAUCGAGGCGGCGGAGAGCGCAGCACGCCCAGACAUCACAUUAGACAACAUCCAGCAACUGCUGGGUGCUGGAGGAGUGGCGGCGGCGAAGAAGCUGUUCCACAUUUUGGUCAUGAGCACGGCCUUGAGCGAGUGGGAGGAGACGGUACGCAAGUGGGAGACUAUUUCGGGCGACCGGUUCAACGCGUCCAUGAAGAAGGCGCUGUUCAUAGACAAGGCUCCCAAGUCGGUGAAGACGCUGCUACGAAUGCAGAGCUCGGACACCUACGAGCAGAUGACCAUGGUGACGCUACAUUUCAUGCAGAGCAAUGCGCAGUAUUUGGCCGGCGUGCCAGUUCCGCCGCGGCCGCGACGAGAGCGAGACCCAAACGCCAUGGAGGUCGACGCGCCGACGAGGAAGUGCAAGGACGCCAAGGGCAAGGACAAACUGGGCCGAGGUAAAGGCAAGGACGACAAGAACGGUAACACGAUCAACAUUAAGGCCGAUUGGAUCAAGGACGCGGAGUGCUUCAUAUGCCGCAAGAAGGGCCACUUGGCGGCCGAUUGCUGGCACAACCCGAAGGGCAAGCCGCAGGACUCCAAGGGCAAGGGCAAGCGAGGCACGAAGAAGGGCAUCAACGAGCUGACGAGCCAGGAGCCCUGGAUCGCUUGGAAGGCAGCAGCAGACGCCUUCACAGCGGCCUCGUCUGCAGGGGCACCGUCGACUUCGGCGAGCCAAGCCCCGGGCCACGUGGCGAAGUUCACGUACCACGAGCACGAGGGCGAUUACGAAACCAGCCACAUCUUUGCCAUCACGGCCCGAUCGAACCAGGCGAACUACGUUGGAUACAACGUUGGUCCAUGGUUUCCUAUGUCAGUCCUUGUGGAUAACUGUGCCGACGAGCACGUCUGCGGCCCAGAGGACUUCUAUCGGCGUGGGAUACAGCGCAGCGCCGACCCGAAUCUCGAGGCAGCCAACGGCCACAAGAUCAGACACUACGACGAGCGCUCUGUCAAGCUGAAGCUGAAUGACGGCAACAAUAUCAUCAUCACUUUCCAGGUGUGCGACGUGACGGGGCCCAUCCUGAGCGUCGGCAAGUUCUGCGGCGACGACUCGAAACGGAACGCCAAUUUCAACAUGAACGGAGGUACCCUAUACCACGAAGCGGCUGGCGAGGUGAACGUGGACAGAGAGAAGAACCACUACGCGCUGCAGCGCUGGGUGGAGAAGCCAGGCGUAGUGGCGCCGCUCUCGGCGGGCGGCAGCUCGGGCAGCGCGCCCGCGGGCCAGGCGGCCCCGGCGCCGCAGGGAGACGAGCCGGCACCACAGCAAGGCAAAACCAACCGUUUUCAGUCAAAAGUCGAGCAGGAGGUGGCCCCAGUCCAGACUUUACCAGGGCCAGAGGAGCCGAGCAAGGAGGAGUUCGAGAUGCAUAACCUAUUGCACGACCCGCCGAUGCCGUGGUGCGAGAUCUACAUCAAGGCGAAAGGCAGAGACGCCUGCCACCAUACCCCCCACCAGAAGCCGAUGCCCGUCAUCCAGCUCGACUACGCGGAGGCGGGCAGCGGAGACAGUGCUGUCCCGAAUUUCGAGUUCAUUGUGGGCGUGGACAUGUCUACGGGAGCCGCGUGGGCGUCGGCCGUGCUGGUCACGGGGAAGGAAGACGUCUACGCGAAGGCAUGGACCAUGCAGUCGCCGCCGUGCGAGGUCAUUUUACAGCAGCCCCAGCGGCACAGCCAUCAAAGUAACGGAGGAGCAGAACGCAUGGUGCCCACCAUCCGGAACCAGAUGAAGGCCUACAAGAUCCACAUCGAGACGAACACGGGCAUGACCAUCCUGCCAGACUCGCCGCUACUGACGUGGUUCCCGAGGCACGCCGCCUGGCAGCACACGAGGUUCCACAAGCGGCAGGACUCGGGCAUGACGGCCUACGAGAAGAUCAGCAGGGCCCCCUAUCAGAAACCGAUACCCUUGGCGGGCGAGACGGCCGGCCCGGCGACGCCUCCGCAGGGCGGCGGCCGGGUCGAGGAGGCCAAGCCGGAGAGGAAGGACAACCUGGAGAGGAAGACCAGGUUCCACCGCACGAAGCUGUGCCAGUACCACCUGCACGGGCGCUGCUCGAAGCGCGACAAGUGCGACUUCGCCCACGGCGAGGCGGAGCUGCUGCAGGCGCGCAGAGCAGCCGGCUCCGCGUGCGGCGACACGGCUGGGCAGCGCCGGAAGGCCGCUGACGCCAGCGGCCGUUGUCGCGACAACGUGUCGACGGCGACGACGCCAGCCGACGCAGCGCUCCGACACUGGCCCACCCUACGACGCACCCGAGCAGAUGCUGGAGGCGCUGCGACACGACAGCGGCAACGACACCACUUGCGAACCAGUGGAUCGACGCAGGCCGCCGACCACGACCGACGACCAACGACGCCGGCACCGACGGAACAACUCUGGUGCGUCGAUGGUCGGAGCAGUCGUACGACCUGCUCAGGUCGGAGCAGUUCAACGACCUACUCAGGUCGAAGCAAGUCUAACGACCUGCUCAGGUCGGAGCAGUUCAACGACCUGCUCAGGUUUGAGCAGUUUCACGACCUUCUUGGGUCGGACCUGCUCAGGUCGACGAGCAGCCCCCUCCCCCCUCCACGGCCUUCUUCUCCAGAGAAGCCUCGGGGGGGGGGGGCCGUAAUUCAGGAGGCUUGCGGGGACGCCCGUGCGCCGCACGGCCGUCGACGGAUCGGGUCUACCGUGAAGUCGGGCGUGUCCCUCUUGAGGAGGAAGAUUCGAACAUAG